AUGAAAAGGGAAGUGGUCAAUGCUCCAGCUCAGCCAACCCAAAAACCUUCCAUUUCCGCGGAGUGAAAAAGGGGCAACAGACGGACACGCGACGAGUUGUUUUGCGAAUUGCGCGAGGGCAGUGCCGAAUCACAUCACUCAGCUGAGAAAAUCACAAUCACAAAGCGCGACAAAAUUCCCCUUUACCCGAAUCCUACCCAGUGAGAAAGAACUAUGCUUUGAUUGAAUCCUGCUUUCUCUUCCUUUCUGAUAAUUUUGGAGGAAUACUACUUGUUAGAGUUAUUAGGCUUAAGCUGCCUACUCUGUUUUGUUCUUUUCUUCCUUCUCUUCUGACUCGUCCUUCGGCAUCUCUGUACAACUUCCCCGCUUCUGGUAAUUCCAAGGGAUUCUUCAAUUGGGUUCCUAGCAAAUUUGCGCGUAAUGGGUCGUCUCCCUUCGUUGUCAGCUCAGAAUGCAACGCCGCCGGCCGGUCAGAUAGGCCACCCAGCCCAGUUUGAGUGAGAGGGAGAGAACUGGCUUUCGUUUUGUAAUGGAGGAAAAACAAAGUGAGAUUACUGAGGCAGCGAAGGCAGCAGCAGAUUUGCCUCCUCUUCCACCGCCUUUGACCGUGGGUAUCGCCGUCGACGGUAAGAAGAAGAGCAAGUAUGUCGUGAAAUGGGCACUCGAGAAGUUUGGUCAUGAGGAGAAAGUUGUGUUCAAGAUCUUACAUGUCCGCCCUAAGGUCACUCUAGUCCCUACUCCCAUGGGGAAUUCGAUUCCUAUAUCGCAAGUACGAGAUAGCGUAGCAAAGGCGUAUAGGAAGGAAAUGGAAUGGAAGGCCAACCAAUUGAUAGUUCCUUACAAAGACUUGUGUACUCAGAGAAAGGUACAAGUGGAUGUGUGUAUGACUGAAGCAGACAAUGUGGCAAAUGCAAUAGCAGAGGAAGUUUCCAAGAGUAUGAUUAGUAAGCUAGUCAUUGGAGCUUCUUCGCGUGGAAUGUUCUCAAGGAAACUCAAGGCACACCAUCUCUCCUCGAGAAUAUCAGCUUGUGCUCCGCGUUCUUGCACUGUGUAUGUGGUUUCCAAGGGGAAAUUGGCAUCGCUUCGCCCGUCUGAUUUGGACUCGAAUCCAAGCAUAGCGGAUGAUAGUAGUGUCACGAGUGGUCCUACUACCAGUGACUCGAGUAACAGUCUCAGCUCGCAUACAGAUGGAAGUUCAGGAUCUUCGUAUUUCAAUUUUCAUUCUUCUUCCCUCCCAAUGCAGCGAGUCCAAGCACUUGCUACCAUAAACCAGGGCUGCCUUCACUCCAGAACAACCUCACCUGAGGCCAUCAUCCAUUCUAGAUCCCUGUCCUUGGAACUUGAUGAAGUCAAUGCUGGUGGUGGUGGUGGUGCUGUUGGUUGUACUCCUAGCUCCCUAGAAUCUGCACAUCAUCUCAUCACUCGUAGCUCUAGUUUCUCAGCUGAUUUCCAAUCACCACUCUUCUCCGAUGAAGCUUCCGCGUCAGAUGGGCUCACAGAUAAUUCAUCAUCUGACAGUCAGGUAGCCUUCUACUUCUUCCCCUUUUCUCUGGUUCAUGUAAUAAGGGAUUAUGGCACUCAAUGCUUUAGCAGGCAAACUUCAACUUUGAGCUAGAAAAGUUAAGGCUUGAACUCAGGGUUAGAUGCAGUUACCGUGUUAAGAUCAAGCGACGGAUGUUCUGCUUCCUUCAGUUCAUUAACUUCCUAACUGAUGGCUGCCUUUCAGCUGAGCUCUCUUAAUCAGUGUCGGAUGGAGGGUGCAGCGAAACUGAAGGAGAUAAGCUCCAGGGAGGAGAAAGCCAAGGAACUAGCACAAGAAGAGAGGGGGAAAUGUGAAGCUGCACUCAAAGAAGCAGAACACAUGAGGAAAUGUGCCGAGAAAGAAUCUAUGCAGAGACGAGAAGCAGAGGCUAAAGCGAAGCACGAUGCUAAAGAGAAAGAGAGGCUGCAGAAUGCUCUUGUGGCUCCUCUGCAGCAGUAUCGGAAAUUCACUUGGGAGGAGAUCGAAUCUGCAACCUCAUCGUUCUCGGAAGAGCUCAAGAUUGGAAUGGGAGCUUAUGGAAAGGUGUACAGGUGCAGCUUUCAUCAUACAGUUGCAGCUGUGAAAGUUCUUCACUCUAAAGAGCCUCGCGAUAUAAAACAAUUCAAGCAGGAGCUAGAUAUCUUGAGCAAAAUUUGCCAUCCACACUUGUUGAUCCUUCUGGGAGCAUGUCCUGAUCACGGCUGCUUGGUCUACGAGUACAUGGAGAACGGUAGCUUGGAGGACAGGUUACUAAGGCUACACAACACUCAACCCAUUCCAUGGUUCGAGAGGUUCCGAAUCGCGUGGGAAGUAGCUUCAGCACUCGCUUUUCUCCACAACUCCAAGCCCGAACCAAUCAUCCACCGUGAUCUGAAGCCAGCAAACAUCUUGCUGGACCACAACUACGUCAGCAAGAUCGGUGACGUCGGUCUCUCCACCAUGCUUCAUUCGGACAUCACCAUGUACAAAGACACCGCCCCGGUUGGAACCCUCUGUUACAUCGACCCAGAAUACCAGCGAACCGGUCUGAUCUCCCCCAAAUCAGACGUCUAUGCACUCGGGAUGGUGAUUCUGCAGCUGCUCACUGGGAAGCCAGCCAUGGCGUUAGCACACCUGGUGGAAAGAGCCAUGGAAGAAGGCCAGCUGGCUCGUGUUCUGGACUUGGGAGCUGGGAACUGGCCAGUGGAUGAGACCGAGGAGAUCGCGAAGCUGGGACUUAGUUGUGCUGAACUUCGACGGAAGGACAGGCCAUGUUUGAAAGAUGGCGUGCUUCCUGCGUUGGAGAGAUUGAAAGAAGUUGGCGAGAGAGCUCGAGAGCGAGCUCUGUCGAAUCCAGCUGGCUCGAGCUCGCAUUCGCUGCCUCCGAACCACUUUGUGUGUCCAAUACUUAAGGAAGUGAUGAAGGAGCCUUGUGUUGCUGCAGAUGGGUACACUUAUGAACGCGAAGCCAUUGAGAGAUGGCUGCAGGAGAAUGAGAAAUCUCCAAUGACCAACGUAGCAUUGUCGAAUAAGAACUUGUUACCAAAUUACACCAUUUUGGCUGCUAUUGUAGAGUGGAAGUCUAAGUGAUUAAAACAAGGCGACGAUUGUAGUCUGUAGAGUUGAAUGAAACUUAACACAGCCUGUUCAUAGGAAUAAUUAAUGGGUUCAAUGAGUAAUACAUCAAACAAGAGCUUUGUCUCAAAUUCAUGUUGCUCAUAUCGAUUAGAUGUGUGCUAAAAGGGGUGUGUGACCCAAAUUAGUUAAGAAGUAAAGAGUAAGGUUACAUACCCUAUACAAAUGUGAGAUUCUAACAUACUACUCGAGGUUGAAUGUGGGUCGUCUAUAUGUUGUGCCAAAAUGCAAUGUCGAUGAUUGUCAUUCCUUCAGUCAGGUUAAUUUGAGGCCUUUCGCCACACCUUUUAAUUCA